UUGCCAACACGAGAACAUAAGGAGCAAUUUUUCCUUAUUUUCAAUUAAAAUUCAGAGAUAAAAAUAUAUAAAACUCGAUUUAACGAGUUCAUUAAAAGCAUUUUCACAGAAAUUCAUUCAAAUUUCUCAAAAACUGAUAAAAGUUCAUUAAAAUUUUGAUCAAAUUCUUCAAUCUAACCAAUAAUCGAUUGAAGUGCAGCCAUGCCGGAAACAGAAAUGGAAAAAUUAUCACUUGGCGACCCAAUUUACACGUCAGAUAAGCACGGCAAUGACGAAACCGGUAACGGAUCCAAAGAAUCGCCUUUCAAAACGGUUUUGAAGGCGAUGCAUCAUGCCGGCAAGGAACCAUUCCCCCCAAUUUUCGUCGAUUGCAAGGAUGAAAAGUCCCAAGAGAAGUACGAGCCGAUUGCCAAGUCGCAAUUGAAGAAAAUCACGCGUUUAUUCCAAAAAGAGGUCGAAAAAUCGCAAAAAGCCAACACUCGGGUCGAAGAGGACGAGAAAAAGCGCCAACAAAAUUUGGAGGAAGCGAAAAAAAUCGUAAUUAAAGAAGACGAAUCCUUGCCAAAAGCGGAAAAAAUCAAAAUUGUCGACACAAAAGAUUUCCGCGACAAACGCGUUCGUCUCUAUGGUUGGGUUCAUCGUCUCCGCCGUCAAGGAAAGACUCUGAUGUUCAUAACGCUUCGUGAUGGCACCGGAUUUUUGCAAUGUGUCGUCACAGAUUUGUGUUGUCAGACGUACGAUGCUUUGGUUUUGUCGACAGAAUCUUCUGUGCAGCUUUUUGGUACGCUCAAAGCGGUUCCCGAGGGAAAAACUGCUCCCGGAGGACACGAACUUCAAGUUGAUUACUGGGAAUUGGUUGGAUUGGCGCCCGCUGGAGGUGCUGACAACCUUUUGAACGAAGAGGCGUUGCCCGAUGUGCAAUUAGACAAUCGCCAUAUGAUGAUCCGCGGCGAAAAUACCUCGAAAAUCCUCAAAAUGCGAAGUGUCGUGAUGCAAGCGUUCCGCGAUCACUAUUUUUCGCGCGGAUAUACCGAAGUUACGCCUCCAACGUUGGUCCAGACGCAAGUCGAGGGCGGUUCGACACUUUUUAAGCUCGACUACUUUGGCGAAGAAGCUUAUUUGACGCAAAGUUCGCAACUUUAUCUUGAAACUUGCAUCCCUGCAUUGGGAGAUGUCUUUUGUAUCGCUCAAAGUUAUCGCGCGGAACAAUCCCGAACACGUCGACACUUGGCAGAAUACACGCACGUCGAGAGCGAAUGUCCCUUCAUCACGUUUGACGAUCUCCUGGAUCGCUUGGAGGACUUAAUUUGCGACGUGGUUGAUCGUGUCUUGAAAUCCGAAUGGGGAUAUUUGGUUCACGAGUUAAAUCCGGACUUUAAACCCCCCAAAAGACCAUUCCGUCGCAUGAACUAUGCCGAUGCCAUUGAAUGGCUCAAAGCCAACAACGUCAAAAAGGACGACGGAACGUUCUAUGAAUUCGGGGAAGACAUCCCAGAAGCUCCGGAACGAAAAAUGACAGAUACCAUCAACGAACCGAUCAUGUUGUGUCGCUUCCCGGCGGAAAUUAAAUCUUUUUACAUGUCACGUUGCCCCGAAGAUCGCCGUCUCACGGAAAGUGUUGAUUGUUUGUUGCCCAAUGUUGGCGAAAUUAUCGGCGGAUCGAUGCGUGCGUGGGAUAACGAAGAACUUUUGGAAGGUUACAAACGCGAGGGAAUCGAUCCGACGCCGUAUUAUUGGUACACGGAUCAACGUGUGUACGGAAGUCAACCUCAUGGCGGAUACGGAUUGGGCUUGGAGCGAUUCUUGUGCUGGCUUGUUGAACAGAUAUCACAUUCGUGAGGUUUGCUUGUAUCCACGCUUCUUGGAGAGAUGUCGUCCUUAAGCAACCAGAGAGGCAUUUAUUUAGAGAGAGAAAUUCUCAAAAUAUUUAUCAAAAAAUAUUAAAAAUAUUGUACUAACCAAACUUUUUUCAACUUAAUAAAUUACACGAACGCUUAACUGCA